AUGGGUUUGAUUCGACCAGCGACGCCCGGUUUCUUGGUCACCCUGGUGGCAACCAUCCUACUCGCAAUCGUCUCCUUCUCCGUGCCCUACUUCAAAUCUGUCUUCUUCUUGAAAGCCUCGUUGUCGGUCGAAAGCAUUAACGGCUCUGUCACGUUUGGUACUCUCGGAUACUGUUUGGAGAUAUCAGGGCAGAGCACCAAUUGCACGUCCCCACACAUCGGAUAUGAACUGGACAUAAACUCCCUGGUUGGAAACGAUCUACCAAUCAAGAUCCCGAACGUGGUUGUCAAAUGGCUCACAUACGCACUCUUCCUCCACGUCGUGGCCCUCAUCCUCUCUGCCAUCUCUGCCGUCUUCGGCCUUCUCGCCCACGUGCGCGAAAUGUCCAUGGCCUGCUGUUCAACCUGCAUCUCCGGAUUUGCAGCUGCAAUCGCCCUCCUCGCGUUCAUCUUCGACCUCGCAUUCUUCUUCAUCGCCAAGUCCCGCAUCAACUCCGUCAGCGGUGGCUCCGCCCAGAUGGGCAAUGCGAUAUGGCUCACACUCGCGGCAUGGGUUCUCCUCUUCUUCAGCGGGUGCUUUUAUGGCAUCGGUAGAUGUUGCAUCAGGAACAGGCCGAGGGCGCCGCGCGGGGAUAGCAAGUGGAAUGCGCCAUCAUCUGCAGAACAAGGCAACAACCGUUACGCGGACCAGAUGCGCCUUGACGCCGUCAAAGCAGAGGCGGACCGGAAGGCCGCACAGAAACGAGGCGAGGUAGGGCUCCCCGCGUUUGAUGAAUAUGACGCCGCCCAGCCCUUAAACCCAUCGAAGGUGACAUAUGCUGUCAUCGACGGCGACCGCGUCGUGGCCGAAGACGAACACCACGCGCAGUCCUACCGUGAUCAACCUAGCAGCACCCAGCAUCCAGGUUAUGCCCAAGCAGCUCCCGGUACCCGUGCAGUAGACGAAUACCAUUCCGCUUCUCCGCAGAGGCAACCCUCCAGCCACUCAACGUAUCCGCCACAGGCGCAGACACCGUCCCAGAUGCAGUCCUCCGCGCGGAGGCAAGGCAGCGGUCACUCCGGCUAUGCCUCAUCCGCAUAUAACACUGGGUAUCCUACUUCCUCUCCUGCGGCAGUCCCCCCGAUGCCAUCGGUCUCUCCCGUGGGCGCUGCAGCGGCUGUAGCAGGUACCGCAGCUGCAGGCCAGUACCUGGCGCCGUCCGGUUAUGGGCAUCAACAGUACGCGACCGGCGGCACGUUUGGACAUGGGCAAGAUAUGACAUCGUAUCACUCAGCCCAUUCGCAAUAUCCAUCGCAACAGUACUACGACGCCCAGACCGAUCAGGGACAUUGGCAGGACCCGUCCUUCAAUGCCGAAGCUUACGGUGCCAUGGUGAUGCCUGGCGCGUCGCAUAGUCAAUCCUAUUCACCAGCACAACCCACUCAACAUGGAGCUUACGGGCAAUACCACUCCCCAUCCCCGCCCAUGCCCUCCGCGCAUGACCGCUCAUACACGCUUGGCGGUGGUGGCUACGGCGCCAGCAGUGUUCCCGUCCACGCUGCUUACGAGGCCACGGCCUACGCGCAACCCCAACCCGAGGUUCCCAUGCCAUCCCCUGCAUAUGAUGCCGCGUACACGAAUGAUGCCGCGCGAACAAUGUCGCCGACGAGUCCCGUUCGCGGUCCACGCAGCCCGCCGCCGCGCAACACGGUAGCGAGCCCGACACAAUAUGACGAUGAACCUCCUCAGUAUCAGGAGGCGAGCGGGAGCAGCGGCAAUGGGGGCCCUUUGCACCCUCCUGGCGGUUGGAACUCCAACGAGAAACGGUGA